UGUCGUCUGCAGCAGAAAUUUUUCGUGUUCGUGAGAAAUUUUCUGGUAAAAAUGGCGUUCGUUGUUCGAUCUGGAAGAUUGGCAGGCCCUUUGAGGAAUUAUCUUCGACCUAUUGCACUCGGCAAUCGUUGUAUUUCCACGUCCAAAAAGAAGGAUGAAACAGCUGUAGUCACAGAAAAAAUCCCGUCACACAAAGUUACCCACGACAUCGACGUCGCUGCUGCUUCGGCAAGAAAGAAAUGGAUGACCUAUGGAUUCACCACCCAGGACGAGACUGAGGAUGUUGCACUAGCCCACCUUUUUUCAUUAUUCGGUAUCACACUAUGCAUUGUCAUCGGUUCACUGGCCUACAUGUAUGGGCCUGACCACGCUUUGAGGGACUGGUCCCAGCGAGAAGCCUACCUGCUUGUUCGAGAAAGGGAGGCCAAGGGACUACCUCUGCUUGACCCCAACUACGUAGAUGAAUCCACCGUUGUGCUGCCAUCAGAAGAAGAUUUGGGUGAUUACGAGAUCAUCAUUUAAAAGUUGAUUUAAAAACGUGAAACAAGACAAUUUGUAGAGGAUGCUUUGUGUAUACAAAUAAACUAACCAAAGGGUAGACUGAAACAAGUUCUACCUGGCAUUGAAA